AUGCUUUCUCUAAAUGUCCUAAAAGAUUUGACUGAUUGCUCUGAGUUUCGAAACAGAUCCUGUCCUGAGCACUUUAAGUCAGUGGGAAUACGAGGGGUAAUGUAUUUAUUCAUAACAGCAGUCUUCUUUCUCACCAUCUUUGGGAAUCUGGCCUUAAUCAUUUCCAUCUCAAAUUUUAAGCAGCUCCAUUCUCCAACCAAUUUCCUCAUCUUAUCCAUGGCUGCAACAGGUUUUCUGCUGGGCUUUGCCAUUAUGCCCUACAGCAUGGUGAAGUCUGUAGAGAACUGCUGGGUUUUUGGGAUUAUAUUCUGCAAGAUUCAUUACAGAUUUGACUUGAUGCUCAGUUUAGCUUCCAUUUUCCAAAUUUGUUCCAUUGCCGUGGAUUGUUUUUUUGCAAUCUGCCACCCUCUGCAUUAUUUCAGCACCAUGACUGUAGCAGUCAUAAAACGAAUAGUGGCUGCAUGCUGGUCAGUGCCAGUUGCUUUUGCUUUUGGUGUGGUUGUCUCAGAAGCUUAUGCUUCUGGAAUUGAAGGCUAUGAAAUGCUGCUUAAAUGCUAAGGCUUGUGCCUGAUUGUGUUCAACAAACUGUGGAGGACUUUUUUUUUUUAUUUACAGGGUUUAUUUGCUCCUACUUGCAUUAUGAUAGGCAUUUAUGUUAAAAUUUUUACUGUCUCCCAAAGGCACACAUCAGAGUUGAGUCAGGUAUACAGGCUCUCAAAAAAUAAUAAGAAAUAUGAGCUUUCUAAGAAUAAAGACAGGAAAACUGCUAAGACUUUGAGUAUUGUUAUACUGGGUUUCUUAAUAUGCUGGUUUCCUUGGUUUUUUGCAAUCUUAAUUGAUCCAUUUUUAAAUUUUUCCACUCCUUUGUCUCUGCUUCAUUCUCUAAACUGGUUUGGAUAUCUAAAUUCUUUCUGCAAUCCAUUACUAUAUGGCUUUUUCUAUCCAUGGUUUAGGAAAACAUUUAAAUAUAUCUUAAAAGGUAAAAUAUUUAAUCCACAUUUUCACACAGUAAAAGUUUUUUCUGAAGAUCAGUCACAGUAA